GUGAUGCACAGUGUCGAAUGCAGGCGCUGGAACAGGCACAAUUGGGUCAGCUGGACCCGGCGCUUAAGACACAUCAUGGCUCAUUGGAUCGCCUCUUGCAGCAGCAGGAAAAACAGCUGCAAUUAGCGCCACAACAACAACACCAACAACUACAACAACGACCAAGCGCCUCAGCCGUGCACUCGAUGGGCGGCGUCAUUGAUGGUGGCGGCUCAGGCGCGCUGCUCGGCUCAGCCGAUUCGGAUGGUGACGGCGAUGAUGAGAAGGAGCCUGAGUUGCCGCCACGUCCACCAUCGCGCAUAAAAUCACAAACACACGUGCGUCACAUAAAGGAGGAAUUCGACCGCGGCGUGGAAGUUGAGAAAUUCUAUCACCAAAUCAAUGGCGAUAUUUUUGAGAUCACGCGGCGUGUGCGCGCACGUGAUGAGGACACCAUCGAACAGAAAGUGAUCAAGCGUAAAGGUUCGGUGCGCCUACCACCAGAGCCACCACCACGACAAGCUUCGGCUGCGGCGUCAGCAGCAGCAGGAGCGCUCCCGCAGGUUUAUCGCGCGCAUGGGCACGGUCAUGUGCAUCAGCAUCAUGUGCACCGUCACGGCGCGGAGAGCGGCAAACCGCAGUUGCCACCACGCCGUCAGAAGAGCGCUGAGGAGGUGCCGGUCUCGAAGAGCACAACGCGCGCACCUGAAGAACUGGAAUGGUUUGAUCGUAAAGCGCAACAGAGACAUUCGGCACGUUCGGCUGAAAGUGGUGCUGUGCGCGAAGAGACCAUCGAGUGGUUGGCGCGUCAGAGAGGGCCGGUGCGUACGUCCUCUGGUCCUAGUGAGAUUACCGUAAUGAAGGAUGAGGUGCCCGAUUGGCUCUUAGAGCAUUUGCCACGCAAACGUUCCAUGGCCGAACGGCCAACUGAAUCAAAGACGAGCGCUGCUUCCUAUGCCAAGGCGCUGAAAGAGGAAUUGGCUGAACUGUUGAAGAAGCCACUAUCUAGACAGAGCUCUGCUCAACAUAGCGAGUUUUCGUUGCUCAAAACCGACAUUGUUGAGUGGCUAACGAAAUUGCAGACUUCGUCACGCAGCUCGGCGCGCGAGGAAGCCCCGCCGCCGAAAACGCGUCGCGCGCAUCAUCGACGCAAUGGCAGCGGUGAUACGCAACGUUCGCAUUCGCAGGAGGAUGCCACUGUCGCACAACAGGCGGCGCGCAAGCGGCACUCGUUGGGUCACAGUGACCGCAGCGAGGAAGAGAUGCUCGAUUGGAUUGCGUAUCCGCUGAAUCGGCUGCAAUCGUUAGGCAAGCCACUGCAACUGCAACCGGUGCCGACGAUGGACCGACGUCAGCCUUUCGUCGAGUUGCAUCACAAGCCAGCAAUACCGCCGCUGCAGUCACAGCUACACCAACAACAGCCUAUAUGUGCAGAACGCGAGCGGCGAUCACAUGAACGUUCGCGCGAACGUAAGCUGCGACAUUCCGCUAGUGAAGUUGUGACUGCGCCCACCACCUCGGCCGCAGCGCAAAGCCAAUUAGAGCGUUUGUAUGCCAAACCGCACAAGGAACGUUAUCAGUAUGUGCCUAAGGAUGCCAAGGAUAUAAUGUUGCCUCCCAAGGAGAGCGCUAUGACCACUGCCGCCACCAGCUCUACUGUACGCGAAUCGAAGCGUGAACGUUCGCGUCGCCAUCAGACACAACGUUCGGCCACCGUUUCGGACAUGUCCGGUCAUCACAACGGCGGCCUUAAACGCAAAUCGUCAUCGGCCGAACGUGCGCCGCGUUCGCCAUCGCCUUGCAAUGAUCCCGCCUGUCGUUUGCUCCCCAUUUGCACUGAUCCCCACUGCCGUUUCCUCGAAUGUCAAACAAUAGAACGCGGCGCCGGCAUGACAGUGACCACAUCGGCGUCAACGAUCAACCUCGCACGUCAUCAACAAGUGGCGCGCGCACAAAUGCACACAGUGCCUGCACACAUAACGUCGGACGACACACCAACGCCGCCACCACCACCGCCUCCUACGUCACAGCAACAACAACAACAACAGAUGCAACAAUUCCAAUCGGCACCACAGCGACGCCUCGUCAUUUGCCACGAGUGUCGCUCGUGUGCGCCGUUACUCACCUGCCAGAAUCGAAAAUGCUUCAAUGCCGCCAAAUGCAACUCACUGCCCCGCAGCGCAGCGGAUUUUAAUCGACUGCGCACCACACUCGCUCAGCCGCCGACAACGCUCGACGACAUCGAACCGGCGCCGGAGACGCCAUCACCACAAAUGCCCCGUCAUCCCGGCAUGCAAUAUCGCAGCAACUCUCAGCCGAAUACGCUGCAACGUGGUGACUCAGCUGCCGCCUUAUGGCAACAGGACGCCAUGGGCGCGGUGGGGAGCGGUCCUAUGCUGACUACCGGUAUUGCAACGCAUACUAUUUUGUCGAGGUCGCAACCACCGCUGCCGCCUUCAUCGCUACACAUCACGCAUGCGGCCAAUGGUCGCCACUACUAUAACGGUCGCAACGGUAACGGUAUGUCACAUUUAAAUGGCACCAACGGCAAGCUUAUGAAGUCCGCAUCGGCGGCAUCGUUAAAUUCGCGUCGACGUCGUCACAAAACGGUGCAUUUCGGUGAGAAUUUACUACGCGAAGUCUGUCAAAAUCGUAAACUAAUCAAAACUGAACAAGUUCCGUCCGGUUCGGCGCCGAUGAAGGCCAACAUCCAGAUGCUGUACAAUUUCGUCGAGGGUGUGUUGAGCGCGUGGGUGGACGACGACGAGGAACAGGUGCGUUCCGGUGCCGAAUCAGAGCCCGAACAGGGCACAAUGGCAUUGAAACCGAUUUACCGUUGUAAUCGACUGCGCUAUCAGUGCAUCAAACGUAUCGUCGAGGAGGCGGCAGAGCUGCAUGGCACGCUGAAGUUGGGCAAUUCGCGUUAUCGACACAGACAUUGGCGCAGCACCGCCAAGCAAUGCAACGAAAUGUUUCUGCGAAAGAUAUCUGAUGAUGAUCGAAUGAGCUUAACUACAGCCGUAUCUGAUGAAGAUGAUGGCGAAAGUGUCAUGGCGUCACCAUAUAAAGCAAAGGCAACUGGAACUGCUGCUUCCUCAUUCAACUGUACUGGCGCUGUACGCAAAGCCGGUUUCUUAUCGGUGAAAAAAUGGCUACUCCGCAAAAAGCAUCAAAUCGAAUUGGCACGCAAACGAGGCUGGAAAGGCUAUUGGGUUUGCCUCAAAGGCACCACACUACUCUUCUAUCCGUGCGAUUCACGUGAGGGUCGUAGCGUUGAAGCGGCACCAAAGCAUUUAAUUAUUGUUGAUGGUGCGAUUAUGCAACCAAUACCGGAGCAUCCCAAACGUGAUUAUAUAUUCUGUUUGAGUACAGCAUUCGGUGAUGCGUAUCUAUUCCAGGCGCCAUGUCAGGUUGAAUUAGAAAACUGGGUAAACAGUAUUCACAGCGCCUGCGCUGCGGCAUUUGCACGACACCGUGGCAAAACUGGCACUUUACAUUUGCUACAAGAAGAGAUUUUCCGCUUGGAGAAAGCCAUCGAAUCGGAUCACAAGCUGAAGCACAUGGCUGAGCUGCAGCAAUCCGUUGUCACCGACCAGGAUACGCGCCAUCAAAUACAAACACAAAUCCUACAAUGGGAAGAGAAUUUGGAGCGUCUACAUUGCGAACAGUUCCGCUUGCGUUGCUACAUGGCGUCGCUGCAGAGCGGCGAAUUGCCAAAUCCAAAAUCCUUGCUCACACACGUCUCACGGCCAACUAAGAACACUUUGAAUAAAUUGGGCGUCUUCACUGUAUCCUCAUUUCAUGCAUUCAUAUGUGCUCGUUCGCCAUCUUUGCUGAAUAAUUUAUUGGCCGGACGUGGUGCCACCAAACGUCGACCACCGAUGCUCUCGCGCUCGAAUAGCGGUUCCAGUCGACGUUCAAUGCAGAUGAAUUCACGUGACGAACCGGAAAAAACCUUCAAAGUUGCCAUGCCUGAUAAUGCUUACGCCACGGUUUAUCUACGUGACGCCAUGUCGGUGGAGGAAUUUUUGGCCAGCGCCUGUGCUCGUCGCAAUCUCAAUCCGAUGGAGCAUUUCGUACGUGUGAAGAAGCGACGUGACAUGGAGGAUCACAACUACUUUGUGCCACAUCGCAAUGAUUUGAUUGAAAAUUACUUCAGCAAAAAUAUGCAAAUUGACGGUACAUUGAACCCAUCAGCCGGCGGUCAUCAACAAGUCAAUUUGACACAAGGAAUUCCAUGUAUUAUCAAGGGAGACGAAAUAAUGGUGAUCAACGCUGCAAUUGUAUCCGACUUGGAUAUGAUGUAUUUGGAGAGUGUGCUGCAAGAGGAGCAAUCACUAUGCAUGAUGAUGCGCUCAUCACGCACUGAGCCACCAGAUCUAGUUGGCAUUAUGCGCGUCACUGAUGACAUGAUUGAUUCAUUGGUUUGUCCACCGCCACCAUCGGAUCCGCCCGUAAUGAGCGAGGAGAUGAUAUCCGGUUUAAUCGUGCCGGCGCCAGGUUGGAAUGGCACCGGUAAAGAUUUAUAUUCACCUGAGGCCGAAAGCUCACCGGCACCAUCAUCCGUUGAACCGACACCAGCACAAAUGGUCGCUGCCGCCACCAAGCCGACCUCACGUACGAGCAGUUUCGAAAUUGAGAAUCUUCUCAAGACCGCAGAGCAGGUUACCGGAUUUUGUCGUUCACCUCAGGAAACCCGUAAAUCCAGCCCGACCGGUUCUGUCACGUCGUCAGUCUCGAAUGCCGCACUGACACCGUCACGUCAGCUCACCGAUGCUGAGAAAUUGCGCAAGGUCAUUUUGGAGUUGGUCGACACGGAGCGUACUUAUGUUAAGCACUUAAACAAUCUAUUGGAGCACUAUUUGGAACCGAUGAAACGCGAAACAUUCCUAUCGAAUGCCGAAAUUAAUGCACUCUUUGGUAAUAUUCACGAAAUUGUCACAUUCCAAAGGCAAUUUUUGCAGAAUCUCGAAGAAGCGUUGGAAUUGGAGCCAGACUUUCAUAAGUUCGAGCAUUCUAGUCAGUUCCGGAAUGUGCUCUUUGCGAUCGGUUCGGCUUUCUUGUACUACGUCAACCAUUUCAAGCUAUACUCAUCAUUUUGUGCUAGUCACAGCAAGGCACAGAAGGUUUUGCAUCCAAAUGAAGGUAAUCACGCACUACAGGAAUUCCUUGCCGCACGCAAUCCGAAGCAGCAGCACAGCAGCACAUUGGAAUCGUACUUAAUCAAGCCGAUACAGCGCAUCCUCAAGUACCCACUGCUGUUGCAACAGUUGCGCAAUUUAACCGAUUCGCGAGCCGAUGAACACUUGCACUUGUGCGAGGCACUCAAGGGCAUGGAGAAGGUAGCCGAGCAUAUCAAUGAAAUGCAACGAAUCCACGAGGAAUAUGGUGCUAUAUUCGAUCAUUUAUUCCGACAACAUCAGAAGUCAUGCAAGCAGCCCAUCGAUUUGAGUCCAGGUGAUCUGCUUUAUUAUGGCGGCGUUGAGUGGCUUAAUAUAUCCGAUUUCCUUGGUAAAAUUAAGAAGGGUCUGGAGUUGCACGCCAUGUGCUUCGUUUUUAAAUCAGCGGUUGUGUUCCUUUGCAAAGAACGUUUGCGUCAAAAGAAGAAACUUAUGGGUGUUUCGAGUAAAAACGCACCUAACGAAGUGGAAAUCAUACGCUAUCAAGUGCUCAUACCCGUCACCGAGGUACAGGUGCGCGCCUCUUCCGCCAAAGAUAUGGACUCACACUUCCUAUGGGAAUUGAUACAUUUACGCUCGCAACUACAACGCCGCUCCGAGAAGGUUUACGUACUCUCGAACAGCACGGCCGAUUUUCGUAAUGCAUUCCUCAAGACUAUACGACAAAUCAUACGCGAAAGUGUACGCAACAUGUCCAUACCGAUGAAGGGUUUCGGCAGUAGCGGUUCGGUAUCGGGCAUCUCAUCGCAGGGUGGCGGUUCGGGCAGUUCGCAAACGCUCGAGCGACCAAAGCAACAGAUAACAAUCAUACAAGGCUCGCAGACAUUGGGUAAGCCCAAGAAGAAGUCCGGUUCGCAGCGUCAUUCGGCCGGCAAUAUCGACUAUGAUAAUCUAUCGGGCAGCCAAGAGGCCGACGAUGUGCCCAUGCUGCAUCACCAGCAUCAGCAACAACAACUACAACCGAGUGGUUUCCGUGGACGCAGCAAGACUGUGGGCGAUGCUACAGAACUAAUGUCCUCCUCCAUAGACCCACAGCAGCAGCAGCAGCAACAACAUCAAAAGCAUAUGCAACACCAUCAACAACAACAGAUGCAUCAUCAUCAUCAGCAAAUGCAUCAAAGCGAUAUUGAACGCAUGGAUCCGGGCACUAAAUCCGAAGGCGAAGAGGACUCCCAGCAGGGCACAAUCAAAGCGAAAGCUACGCUGGGUCGUACACCCAAUCACUUGACAUUGAGCACCACAUCAACCCUCUCGGUUGGCAGCACUGGUAGUCAAGCGCGUUUGAUACAAUCAUCUCAUCCGCCAUCGAGCUAUCAGCCAGUUCUCAUGAAAGAUUUAGGUAAGACUAACUCAAUAACAAACGAACUAUCGUCUUCCCCUCAAUUGCAAGCUGCAUCCGUAGCAGCAGCUUUUAAUUUAAGUUUAGGUAGUAGUAGUAGUAGUAUUGUUAGUGAUGCCAGCACUGGCAGUGGUAACGGUAAUAAUCAUAAUUUACAUUGUGUGGCAACGCCAAAACGCUUGUCACCACGACAAUCGCCCAAAGCAGAUAUCGAAGUAAUUGAGAUUUUCGCCAAUGAGCUAAGUCAGCUGACCGCCGCUCAGCAAGUAUCGGUUGUGCAUCAUUCAGCAAAAGAGUCUUCCAAAAAAUCGUCAAGUAGUCGUCAAGCCAGUGUCAGCAGCAGUGGCAGCGGUAGUAGUAGUAACGGUGCUAGCGCUGCUUCGCACACACAUGUUGUCGACAAGCAUUUGAGUGAUCUCGAGCAUGAGCAGCUCAGCGACACCACAUACGACAUCGCCGCCUAUAUGGCUAACCUAAAAGAGCAGGCGCUCGAAUCGCAGGAUCUGCAAAUGGACGCGCAAGAUCAACAACAAAAUGAUUCGAGCUUGUCGCCGGAACCGCAAACAGUCGUGGAAAAUACACAACAAACUGUAGUGGCCGAAAUAGAGUCACCACCACGACCAGCUACAGAAUCCGAUAGUACUGGCACCACGACGGGCACUUCGGAAAAAUCCGAAGAUGAAUCGGAAGAUGCCAGAACGUUGGCCAAACAUCAUGUGAUCAUCGACAAGAAGGUCGAUAAAGUUUUCAAAUCGAAGUCUUCAGAGAAAGCACAAAAAUCGAGUAGCGGCAGUAGCAGUAGCAUUGCCAGCACUGGCGCAAAACCAAAGACCACAAAAUCACCACGUCAAAGCAUAUACAUUUCACCCGACCGCUCCAAGUCACAAGGUAGUUCACCGGUACGCAUAAUUAAGAUAAAGUCACCACGCACUAGUGUCAGUGAUCAGGGUAAACGUCUCAGCGUUAGCUCAAGUCGCGACUCCUCAGCCGAUCGUUUGUCCAGCGGACGCCGUACACCCAGUCCACGUCGCAGCUCCGAAGGUAGUGGUAUACUGAAAAGACCUGCCAGUCCCGCUGGCGGCAUAUUGAAACCACCACCCAGCCCCAGUAAAUCGAAAAGUCCCGACCGCAGCUGCCUCAAGAAGCUGACACCCUCACAUGACUGUAGUGUCGAAUCGCUUUCGCCGCAUAUAUCACCGCGCGACAGCAUCGAACACCUGUCGCCCGAUCGCGCCGGUACCAGUCUGUGUCAGCGUCAUUCGCCGCGCAGCAGCUUCGACAGCCGCAGCUCCGAACCAAACCUCGAUAUACCACGUUCAUCGCUCAAAUCGCCACGCGGCAGUUUCGAAUCGCGUUCACCGGAACGCAGCAGCCGCAAACGCAGUCAAUCGGCGCACGGCAGCUUUGAGACGGGACAACGCGCCGCUGCGCUGGCCGCCCAAGAAGCCUACUACCAAUAUUAUCCCAUUUAUGAUAAUCAAACAUGUAGCGAUCAUUAUAUAUCAGCCGCUACAUCAACGCAUAUGCCACGCGAUAUCGGCACCAACACAAGCACGCGUCGUCUAAGUAAAUCUUUGGAGCGUUCCACGUCACGCGAAAGCACUACAAGCAGCUCCUACCGUUAUGGCGUAUCACCCGAACGUAUUUACACAAUAAACACAAUGGGCGCCAGCGCAGGACCACUGCGUUCGCAAUCAGCUGAAAAUGCAUUUGCACACUACGCUUACGAUCCACACACGGGUCAGCACUAUCAAAUGCCGCCGCCACAGGAAACCAUUGCAACAGCAGCACCGCCAGCUGCCUUCAUGUACGCGCACGAACCGCAAUGUCCACACGAACACAUGUCGUCGGCCUAUCAGCUGAGCUCUUCGGCACCCGAGUACACAACAUGCAUUGACUGUUUGUAUCAGAAGCGUCCCUCCUAGCAUAAGGCCCGCGUACGGCAGAGUCGUACGCGGAAGAAGACACCGCGUGGCGUCGUACAACCACCGAUGGCCACAGCGUCGGGCAUGAUUUGUGCGGCUAGCUUUGAUCCCGACGCUGCGGUGGCGGCGGGCGCCAGCGAGGCGAGCGGCUGUGUGGACUGUCAUGACUACUAUGAGAUACAUGUUUAAGCGGGGAACGCGUAGUCGUAAACAUAAUCAAAACUGAAAACCAAAAAAAUCUCCCUCUAAUUACAACAUACCUUAUAUUAAACUACCCGAAAAUUCCGUUAGUCGGUAUAACAGAAGAAAAAAAACGUACGCAAAGUAAACUCGUUGCCAUCCAAAAAUCCUCAACUGACAAUUUACAUGGACCAUAUAUACACACAUAUAUAUUUGCAUAUGUGUAUGCAAAAACGCUAUUGUUGUUUGACACAGGGAUUUUUGAAACAAAAACAAAAACAAAAGCAACAACAAUUUAUAUAAAUGUAUAUGCACAUUUUCGUAUUUCGUGAAUGUCCUUCAGAGUUUAGACAUAAGGAUUAGCUUGUAGGUUGCAAGGAGUCUUAGUUAUGUACACACAUACAUAUGUGCAUAUGUAUGUAGUCUCUGCUUAAUUUUUCAGAUGAAUUUCCAUCACUAAUACAUACAUAGAUACAUACGUAUGAAUAUCUUGUAUACCGAAAUCGGAUUUAAUUUUUUACAAAUUUGUUUACUUUGAGGUAAAA